UUUUAUAUCUUCCAGAUGCUUCAGAUAAAUUUGGCUUGAAUUCGAUUUUUGAAACUUAUGGUAUUUAUAGUAUUUGCCUUUUUUCAUUUUAUUUUACACCAUGGAAGACUCUCCAACACCAUUGGAAUUACUCAGAUUUCCUUAUUAUAAUCAAUCUAAAGGUGAUAUUGAGGAACUAUCAUGCCUUGAUCCAAAAUUUUGCCAAGAUGUCCUUUUUCCACAAUAUUUACCUGCUCCCAAGAUCCAACCGGAAAUGGAUCCAUGUGUCUGGCAAAAUUGGAUAGAAAGUUUAUCAGCUAUUGAGACAAAUUUAUCAUGGUUACUGAAACUUCCACAUGCAAAAUUCUGGUGUCAGGCUGUCAACAAUGCGUCAUUGCAAGUAUUUUUGGAUUCAUAUUUGAAGCAAACACCUCGAUUUCAGACAUCAAGUUGGCCUGAUGAAGUUUUAGAAAAGCACAAUGCAGUUCAUAGACUUGUUUUCAUGACUUAUCUGAGGAUGGCAACCAAUAAAGAAUCAUCAUCACAUUUUAUUACGUCUGAUUUCUUUGGUGAACUUUUGUAUGAAAAUUAUCUUUUUGAUAUUCCUAAAAUAAUGGACUUAUGUGCAAUUUAUGGAAAUGAAACAAACUCUGCUCUUCUUGGAAAAGCAAUUUCAAAUAUAUUCAAGUUUCAACCUAGUUACAAUGAAGAUUUGAAAGAAACAGUUGGAACCAUAAUGCAGGUAUUUCACAACAUUGAUGAAAAAUGUGGUGUUGAAUAUCAUCCGGACAGAUCUCCCAAUGAAAAUGCUUCAUCUGCGAGACGACCACAUAGAUUAUCAGAAGGUCCAUCUUCAGGCAGAACCGAAUUGUUAAUAAAUACGCCUUUGAAUGAAUUUGAAGAUAUUAUUAUGUAUACGUCGGAUGUUUCAUUCACAUUAUGUCGAUUUCUUGUUGAUGUUUAUCCAAGUGCAUGUUCUGCAUUUUAUGAGAAUGUUAAAUACAUCGCUCAUUUCUACUCAAAUUCAUUGUCGAUUCUCAAUGAAGCAGCUCUCAAAUAUCCUCUUGAUGAUCUACAUUUGAGAUCUCAGUUGUUAGCACAUUUGAAAGUAUCGAGAAAAUCCUUGUUAAAUGUCAUCAGACAAAUACUUAAUGAAUGUCUCCUCACUCCAGCACUUAAUGCUUCAGAGGUUGGUGAUCACUCAAGAACAAAUAACCUUGCAGACGACUAUUUUCAUAUUCUAUCAGAUUUAUUGGGAGAAACAAAAUUUUUUCAAGAUUUUCUGAGAAAAUUACCCAUCAUUGAUGAUGUUCAAUCUCUUCUACAGGCAUCACCAGGAAUUGACGAGACUAGAGCUUCAUUUAUCCUUGGUUCACUUGGCAAUGGAAGAAAGAGUAAAUAUUCUACACCUAGUACUAUUUUACUGAAUGGAACUGCUGAAGAAUCACCUCAAGCAAAUGCUAACCCAGAAGAUGCAAAAGAAGUGUUCAAAGCUGCUUCCAAUCUGUCUACAGAAUCUGAUGUGGAAAUGGAAUCUUUAAUAUCCACUGUUCAUGAUGUUUUGCCUCACCUUGGAGAAGGAUAUAUUGAAUCAUGUCUUCUAUAUUAUGAAAGAGAUUGUGAAAAAACAAUCCAUGCAUUGUUAGAAGGCAAUCUUCCUGAUGAUCUUCGAGCAAUGGACAAUUCAACUCCAAGACAAAAGCGACAGUAUUCUGCUUCACCUGUGAAUGAAAUCAAACAAACCAAUCUUGACAAUCAGCAAUCUCCAUAUGAUAUUUCUUCACUUGAAGAAACUAUUGGACUCAAUGAACGAAAAAAUGUUUUUGAUGGUGAUGAUUUUGAUGUUUAUCAAAACUCAACAAUUGAUCAUUCGAAGAUUCACAAAGGAAAGAAGACUAAGGAUCAUGAACCAGCUCCAGCUAGGACGACUGAAAUGAGACAAAUUUAUGAAAAAUAUAGCAUUGUGUGUGAUGAAGAGGAAAUAACUGACGACAUGGGCUCAUUGGUAGUAGAUGAUGCCUAUUGCAACAUGUAUGAUGAUGAAUAUGACGAUAUGUAUGAUGGUCUCGGUGUUGAUGCAAAUGAUGUUGAUGACGCAGAUGACCUGCUCAAACGACGACCUUUUGUCACUCCUCGUGUUUUUCUCCAAUCUAAGAAAAAUGAAGAAUCAGGGUCAAAUGGCUCGGAAGAGAGCGAAGAAGAGAAAGGUCCAAAGCCUGAUCAUUUCAUAGCAAAUCCUGCAGAUGUCCGAGCCAAGCAGGACGAACGACGUCGACAGCAACAAGAACUGAGAAACAACCGACGUGGUCCAAAGAAAGGACAAAAUCCUAGUUCUUCUGUAUCUAGUAAUAACCCAAAUGGUCAACAAAAUCGUAAGAAGAAGGAUAUGAAUAAAGCAAAAGUUGCUAACCAUAAUCGAAAGAAAAUGGCGACGAAAAAGGCAGCUAAAGGAAUGAUAUAAUUUUUAUUUACAUGCAUUACGGUGUCUUAUGUUGCAAUAAAUAUGUGGUUUAUGCUUUUUGUUCUAGGUAA